AUGCCUGAGUCGCCCCGGUGGCUCGUCAUGAAGGGCCGCCUGGCGGAUGCCAAGGUCGUGCUGGGGAAGACCUCCGACACGCCAGAGGAGGCCGCGGAGAGGCUCGCCGACAUCAAGGCCGCCGCCGGCAUCCCCCCGGAGCUCAACGGCGACGUGGUCACCGUGCCCAAGAAACAGAACAACGACGAGGCGCGGGUGUGGAAGGAGCUCAUACUGUCCCCGACCCCGGCCAUGCGCCUGAUCCUCCUGUCGGGCCUCGGCGUCCACUUCUUCCAGCAGGCGUCCGGCAUCGACGCCGUGGUGCUCUACAGCCCGCGCGUGUUCAAGGCCGCGGGCAUCACCAGCGACAACCAGCUCCUGGGCACCACCUGCGCGGUGGGCGUCACCAAGACGCUCUUCAUCCUGGUGGCCACGUUCCUGCUCGACAGAGUCGGCCGGCGGCCGCUGCUCCUGAGCAGCGUGGGCGGCAUGAUCUUCUCGCUGGUCGGCCUCGCUGCCGGGCUCACCGUCAUCGAGCACCACCCGGACGGCAAGAUCCCAUGGGCCAUCGGCGUGGCCAUCGCGUCCACCAUGGCCUACGUGGCCUUCUUCUCCAUCGGCCUCGGCCCCAUCACGUGGGUGUACAGCUCGGAGGUCUUCCCGCUGCACGUGCGCGCGCUCGGCUGCGCGCUGGGCGUGGCGUCCAACCGCGUGACCAGCGGCGUGAUCUCCAUGACCUUCAUCUCGCUGACCAAGGCCAUCACCAUCGGCGGCGCCUUCUUCCUCUACGCCGGCGUCGCGGUGCUCGCGUGGGUAUUCUUCUUCACCUUCCUCCCGGAGACCCGCGGCCGGACGCUGGAGGCGAUGAGCAAGCUGUUCGGCGCCACCGACGACGAGCUGGAACCCCAGGACGGGGCCACGAAAGACAAGAAGCUCGAAAUGACCGCCACCAACUAA